CCCAAGGUUUUACUUUGUCUGGUAAUUGACUAACAGUCAUCCUUGGGGAUUUUUUGCCUCUCUUACGAUCCUCCUCACUGUAUGUGGGGGCAAAAUAACCUUGGGUCCUCUUUCAGGCAGGUUUCUAACAGUUCCAGUUGAUGUCCACUUUUUAAUUAUUGCCCUAAGAGUAGAAAUGGGCAUUUUAAGGUGAGUAGCUAUUUUUUAAUCCACAUUCCCUGACUUAUGAAGGUCAGCACACUUCUCCCUCAUUUGGUCUGUGUGUCUCUUAUCUUUCCCAUGUUGAUGGAUGACUAAGGGAAUCUGGCCUCUGUGUCUCCUCAUGUUUGUACCCCAGUUACUCAGGAAGUCAUGGAUUACAGCUUGAAGGCUCCUACUCACUCCAAUCAACUCAAAUAUGUAUAAUUUACAUGGGAAACAUGCUUCAGUUACAUUGUGUUCACUAUAAUUUGCAGGGCUGCCAAUAAUCGUGGCUCAUGUGUUUUUGUUAAAAAUAAUUAUUUCUUGAUGAAGGAUUAGAUUUUUCUUCAGAUAAAUUGAUUUUAAUUAAAGGUUGGAUUUUUCUCAUUUUUUCCGUGUGAGAUGAAGCAACUUCACCAGAAGGUGGAUUUUUUCUUACCCCUUGUACAAAGGGGUGCCAAUAAUUGCGUAGGGCAUGUAUGUAUAACUGAGGCUGAUGUGGUACAAAGCCUAUAGCUAAGCUCAAAAUAAAUAAAUCACAGGGUCCUGAUGGCAUCUUACCUAUAGUUUUAAAAUAAAUGAGGGUUAUUAUUAGCCAACCUUUAACUUUACUGUUUCCGAAAUCCUUAUUUGCACGUGAGGUACCUUAUGAUUGGAAGUAUGCUAAUAUAGCACCCAUAUUCAAAAAAGGGGAUAGAUGUAAUCCAGCAAACUACAGGCCAAUUACUUUAACUUGCAUAACUGGAAAAGUUAUGGAUACAAAUAACCUGGAUACAAAUAACAUUCUGAGGGGUAGCCAACCUGGAUUUAGGAGAAGUAGAUCCUGUUUAACUAAUCUACUUGUGUUCUUUGAGGAAGCAAAAAUAGAACUUGGUCACAAAAUGUACUUAGAUUUGCAGAAGGCCUUUGAUGUUGUCCCCCUCAAACAGCUCUUGCUUAAGCUCAAAGCUGCAGGGAUUUUAGGAACUGUAGCAACUUGCAUUUGAAAACUGGUUAACUGACAGGAAGCAGCAGGUAGUUAUUAGAGGCACAAUGUCACAGUGGGCCUGCGUUCAUAGUGGGGUACCGCAGGGUUCAAUUUUAGGAUCACUAUUGUUCCUAAUUUACAUUAAUGAUAUUGACACCAAUACAUACAGUAAACUAGUUAAAUUUACAGACGACACCAAGGUGGAUGAUGUAGCAAAUACUGAUCUAGCAGCGGAGAGGCUACAACGGGAUCUUUAUUUAAUUAGCGACUGGGCUGAUACCUGGCAGAUAAAAUUUAAUAUAGAUAAAUGUAAGGUAAUUUAUGCAGGGAGCAGAAAUAUAAAGUACAGAUUUUUUAUGGGUUUCACUGAAAUAAAGGUUACUAAUUAUGAGAAAGACCUCAGUCAGUAUGUUGAUGCUUCCAUGUCCCACUCUCACCAGUGUGGGGAAGCAAUUAAAAAGGCCAAUAGGAUGUUGGGUUACAUCUCUAGGUGUGUGGAGUUUAAUUUAAAUGAAGUGAUGCUAAGAUUAUACAAUUCCUUGGUAAGACCCCACCUAGAAUAUUGUUUUAAUGUGAGAGGGGGAUAUAGGGAUGUCGAAGGAACAAUGAGGUUCGCUUUAGUCCGUUCAGAAAUAUUUCUUAAAAUAUACACAAAAUUAUGAUAUAUUUCAUAAGCAUUGAUAGGUAAUCGGGGGCAGUAUGGUGGUGCAGUGGUUAGCACUGUUGCCUCACACCUCUGGGACCUGGGUUCGAGUCUCCGCCUGGGUCACAUGUGUAUGGAGAUUGCAUGUUCUCCCCAUGUCGUCGUGGGGUUUCCUCCAGGUACUCCGGUUUCCCCCCACAGUCCAAAAACAUGCUGAGGCUAAUUGGACUUGCUAAAUUGCCCAUAGGAAUGCGUGCGUGAGUGCAUGGUGUGUGAGUGUGCCCUGCGAUGGGCUGGGCCCCCAUCCUGGGUUGUUCCCUGCCUCGUGCCCAUUGCUUCCGGGAUAGGCUCCGUACCCCCCGCGACCCAGUAGGAUAAGUGGUUUGGAAAAUGGAUGGAUGGAUGGAUGAUAGGUAAUCCCACUAAUUAAUAAAAUGAAAAAGUAGCCACAAGCCAUCUACACUCGGACGUGCUAUAAUCACCCACCUUCACACACGGACUGGGGAGCCCCUUUCAGUCCUGGCAGGAGACCAACACGUGAUUCCUGAGAAGUGCCGGGCGAUGCGCGCUCUAUCCCACGGCUGAUCUCUGGUCAGUGCUGAGCUCUCCCCCUUCCUUUAUGCUAAAUCUGGAGUGGUACUCGUGCGGGGAGGGGGCGAGCUGGCCAGGCUCACCCCCUUCCUCAGGGAAUAUGCUCUUUAUUCUCCAAUUCCUGUCCAGGUGAGGCUGUUUUGCGCUUGCGGUUACGAAGCAUUUUCGGCAGGGCUUUCCCUUUUCCCCUGGGAAAGGCAAGAUAGGUGUUCUAGCUCUUUCUGUGAGAAACAAGUUAUAUAAGUUAUCAGUGAAAAAACAUGUUUGUGCAGUUCACCUGUGGCACAACAAUAAUGUGGGUGAAUCACGGUGGACGUUGUAUUUGAAUCCCGGGGUGUUUAGUCCAAACACGAUCAGAAUCAGUCCAUACCUCAAUCUCCUCAUAGGUAUGUCUGCUAGGUGGAGUUGGAGAUGCAGUAUAAUCCCGUUAUAAUGGACUCGCUUAUAACGGAAUAUCAUCUAUAACAGAUGAGGUCUGCUGGUCGUACGCCUUUAAGAACCUCCAGAAAAAGCAUCGGAUAUAGCGGACUCACAUACAAUAGAAUUUCGCUUAUAACGGACAAAUAGUUUGGUCCCAUUUGUCAUUUGCCGUGUGUCUGUGGCAGGAUACACGUGUGUGAGAGUGCCUGUGACAGGGUACGUGUGCGUGAGAGUGUCUGUGGCAGAGUACGUGUGUUUGACAGUGUCUGUGGCAGGCUACAUGUGUAUGAGAGUGUCUGUGGCAGGGUACGUGUGUGUGAGAGUGUCUGUGGCAGAGUACGUGUGUUUCAGAGUGUCUGCGGCAGAGUACGUGUGUUUGAGAGUGUCUGUGACAGGGUACAUGUGUGUGAGAGUGUCUGCGGCAGGGUACAUGUGUAUGAGAGUGUCUGUGGCAGGGUACGUGUGUUUGAGAGUGUCUGUGACAGGGUACGUGUGUGUGAGAGUGUCUGUGACAGGGUACAUGUGUGUGAGAGUGUCUGUGACAGGGUACGUGUGUUUCAGAGUGUCUGUGGCAGGGUACAUGUGUAUGAGAGUGUCUGUGGCAGAGAACGUGUGUUUGAGAGUGUCUGUGGCAGGGUACGUGUGUGUGAGAGUGUCUGUGGCAGGGUACGUGUGUUUCAGAGUGUCUGUGGCAGGGUACGUGUGUAUGAGAGUGUCUGUGGCAGAGAACGUGUGUUUGAGAGUGUCUGUGGCAGGGUACAUGUGUGUGAGAGUGUCUGUGGCAGGGUACAUGUGUGUGAGAGUGUCUGUGACAGGGUACAUGUGUGUGAGAGUGUCUGCGGCAGAGUACGUGUGUUUGACAGUGUCUGUGGCAGGCUACAUGUGUAUGAGAGUGUCUGUGGCAGGGUACGUGUGUGUGAGAGUGUCUGUGGCAGAGUACGUGUGUUUCAGAGUGUCUGCGGCAGAGUACGUGUGUUUGACAGUGUCUGUGGCAGGCUACAUGUGUAUGAGAGUGUCUGUGGCAGGGUACGUGUGUGUGAGAGUGUCUGUGGCAGAGUACGUGUGUUUCAGAGUGUCUGCGGCAGAGUACGUGUGUUUGAGAGUGUCUGUGACAGGGUACAUGUGUGUGAGAGUGUCUGCGGCAGGGUACAUGUGUAUGAGAGUGUCUGUGGCAGGGUACGUGUCUUUGAGAGUGUCUGUGACAGGGUACGUGUGUGUGAGAGUGUCUGUGACAGGGUACAUGUGUGUGAGAGUGUCUGUGACAGGGUACGUGUGUUUCAGAGUGUCUGUGGCAGGGUACAUGUGUAUGAGAGUGUCUGUGGCAGAGAACGUGUGUUUGAGAGUGUCUGUGGCAGGGUACGUGUGUGUGAGAGUGUCUGUGGCAGGGUACGUGUGUUUCAGAGUGUCUGUGGCAGGGUACGUGUGUAUGAGAGUGUCUGUGGCAGAGCACGCGUGUUUGAGAGUGUCUGUGGCAGGGUACAUGUGUGUGAGAGUGUCUGUGGCAGGGUACAUGUGUGUGAGAGUGUCUGCGGCAGAGUAUGUGUGUUUGAGAGUGUCUGUGGCAGGGUACGUGUGUGUGAGAGUGUCUGUGGCAGAGUACGUGUGUUUGAGAGUGUCUGUGGCAGGGUACGUGUGUGUGAGAGUGUCUACGGCAGAGUACGUGUGUUUGAGAGUGUCUGUGGCAGGGUACAUGUGUGUGAGAGUGUCUGCGGCAGAGUACGUGUGUAUGAGAGUGUCUGUGGCAGGGUACGUGUGUGUGAGAGUGUCUGUGACAGGGUACAUGUGUGUGAGAGUGUCUGCGGCAGAGUACGUGUGUUUGAGAGUGUCUGUGACAGGGUACAUGUGUGUGAGAGUGUCUGCGGCAGAGUACGUGUGUAUGAGAGUGUCUGCGGAAGGUUACGCGUGUAUGAGAGUGUCUGCGGCAGGGUACGUGUGUGUGAGAGUGUCUGCGGCAGGAUACGUGUGUGUAAGAGUGUCUGUGGCAGGGUACGCGUCUAUGAGAGUGUCUGCGGCAGAGUACGUGUGUUUGAGAGUGUCUGCGGCAGAGUACGUGUGUUUGAGAGUGUCUGUGACAGGGUACAUGUGUGUGAGAGUGUCUGCGGCAGAGUACGUGUAUAUGAGAGUGUCUGUGGCAGGGUACAUGUGUGUGAGAGUGUCUGUGACAGUGUACACGUGUGUGAGAGUGUCUGUGAUUGGAUACGUGUGUGUGUGAGAGUGUCUGUGACAGGAUACAUGUGUGUGAGAGUGUCUGCGGCAGAGUACGUGUGUAUGAGAGUGUCUGUGGCAGGGUACGUGUGUGUGAGAGUGUCUGAGGCAGGGUACGUGUGUGUGACAGUGUCUGUGGCAGGGUACGCGUGUGUGAGAGUGUCUGUGACAGGGUAAGUGUGUGUGAGAGUGUCUGUGACAGUGUAUGUGUCUGUGAGAGUGUCUGUGACAGGGUAUGUGUCUGUGAGAGUGUCUGCGACUCCCCACCCCCAGUGCACUAGGUGACCUGCCCCACCCAGAGGCACAGGAGAAAAGAACCACUACCCCAAAGUAGAAGCUAGUUGAAGUGGCAGGAAUGGGGGGGCGAGUAAAGUCAGUAUUUCAUGUGAGGAGUCGUAGAGGGGUGAGGAAAAGAAAAAGAGAUAAAUGCAAAAAAGUAAACAACGAAGGAUUCUAUUUAUAUAUGAUGAUUCUGGAUGAUUGGAGCCGUAAUUGUCAAAAAGAAAUUAGUAAAUAAAAAAUUAUCACACAUAUACACUCCUCAAAAAAAUUAAAGGAACACUUUGAAAACACAUCAGAUAUCAAUGGGGAAAAAAAUCAUGCUGGAUAUCUAUACUGAUGUAGACUGGGUAAUGUGUUAGGAACGAAAGGAUGCCACAUCGUUUGAUGGAAAUGAAAUUAUCAACCUACAGAGGGCUGAAUUCAAAGAAAUCCAAAAAUCAAAGUGAAAAAUGAUGUGGCAGGCUAGUCCAUUUUGUUGAAAUUUCAUUACAGUAACUCAGAAUCAUACUCAGUAGUUUGUAUGGCCCCCACGUGGUUGUAUGCAUGCCUGACAAUGUCGGGGCAUCGUCCUAAUGAGACCACGGAUGGUGUCCUGGGGGAUCUCCUCUCAGAUCUGGACCUGAGCUUCUGGACAGUCUGAGGUUCAACCUGGUGGCAUCGGAUGGACGAAACAUAAUGUCUGUGGGGGGCAGUCAAUGGUAUCAAUUCCUUCAUCCUCCAGGAACUGCCUACAUGCUCUUGCCACAUGAGGCCGGGCAUUGUUGUGCACCAGGAGAAACCCAGGACCCACUGCACCAGCAUAGGGUCUGACAAUGGGUUCAAGGAUUUCAUCCUGAUACCUAAUGGCUGUCAAGGUGAUGUUGUCUAGCCUGUAGAGGACUGUGCGUCCCUCCAUGGAUAUGCCUGCCCAGACCAUCACUGACCCACCACUAAACCGGUCAUGCUGAGCAUAACGUUCUCCAUGGCUUCUCCAGACCCUUUCACGUCUGUCACAUGUGCUCAGGGUGAACCUGCUCUCAUCUGUGAAAAGCACAGGGCACCAGUAGCAGACCUGCAAAUUCUGGUAUUCUAUGGCAAAUGCCAAUCGAGCUCCAUGGUGCUGGGCAGUGAGCACAGGGUCCACUAGAGGACGUUGGGCCCUCAAGCCAAUGUCAUGAAGUCUGUCAUUGACCAAACAAUCAGAAACAUUCACACCAGUGGCCUGAUGGAGGUCAUUUUGUAGGGCUCCAGCAGUGUUCAUCCUGUUCCUCCUUGCACAAAGGAGCAGAUACUGGUCCUGCUGAAAUGUUAAGGACCUUCUACGGCCCUGUCAGCUCUCCUUGAGUAUCUGCCUGUCUCCUGGAAUCUCCUCCAUGCCCUUGAGACUGUGCUGGGAGACACAGCAAACCUUCUGGCAAUGGCAUGUAUUGAUGCGCCAUCCUGGAGGAGUUGGACUACCUGUGCAACCUCUGUAGGGUCCAGGCAUCGCCUCAUGCUACCAGUAGUGACACUGACCAUCGCCAAAUGCAAAACUAGUGAAAAAACUGUCAGAAAAGUUGAGGAGGGAAAAAUGCCAGUGGCCUCCACCUGUUAAACUAAAUGAAAUUAAAUUAAAUUCCUGGUUUGGGGGUCGUCUCAUUGUUGCCCCUCUAGUUUACCUGCUGAUAAUUCCAUUAACACCAAAGCAGCUGAACCUGAUUAACAACCACCUCCGCUACUUAACUGACCUGAUCAAUA